CAACCACACUUCAUCUUCAACCUCCACCCACCAUCACCCUCCUCCACCCUCCAUUUAUUCUUCGUGACAUUUAUAUAUUUCCGUCCAACUUACUCCCACAAUGUUUAUCCAUUCACCGCCAAAACAUUCUUCAAAGUUCAAACAAAACACAUUCAUGAACCCAAUAAUUCUUAUUCUCUCACUACUAAUCACAUCAUGCAUGUUUUUCCGAUCGGAAUCCACAAGCAGAUCCGAUUUCCCACAUGGGUUUACAUUUGGAACCGCCUCAUCUGCUUUCCAGUUUGAAGGGGCAGUUGAUGAAGGAAAUAAAGGAGUUAGCAUCUGGGAUACUUUUUCGAGGAUACCCGGGAGUAUAUUGGAUUUUAGCAAUGCGGAUCAGGUGGUUGAUCAAUAUCAUCGAUUUAAGAUGACCAAUGUAUAUCUCUACUUGAGGAAUUCUCCAGAGAUCCAGAGCCGAUUGUUGCACAGAACUGUGAAGUUUCUCUAAACACACUGGAUUUUGAAUGAUCCGGCAAACCAAUCGAGGUACCAGGAAGAUUAAGUUUCACUCAUUUUAUACGAAAACUGUAUCGUGUAAAGAGAGACUGGUUUAAUAUAUGUUUUCUUUAGCACCUCUUUAUGCAGGUACCUUAAUUGCAGGAGGCAGCAUGAUGGUUUCACUUUGUUGUGUGUUUUGUUACCAUUGAGUACUAAAUGGCAUACAUUUGGAUAGAGUUUUGAAUGAUUUAGUCAACAGUUCACUU